AAGGCGUUUCGGUCUUGUUCGGAAGAGAAGUUCUCUAACAGCGCGAGCCCAGCACUGCUCAGAAAAGACAGAUAGAGAACCAGGCGGCUGCAAAGGGUGGCAGUACGACCCUCUUUUGGGGUUGGGGGGGGGUCUGAUUAUAACAAAAUAUAUAUACACACAUAUAUGCAUGCCCAGGGCCGCAAGAUAGGUCAUAUGCCGAUUGUAGAUAUUUUAGCAAACAUCUAGAGGUCUAUCUAUACAUUUCAAAAUGCCUAUUUUACUUUUUCUGAUAGACACGUCCGCUUCUAUGAAUCAGCGCACUUAUUUGGGUACGACGUAUCUGGACAUUGCUAAAGGCGCGGUUGAGAUCUUUAUGAAGCUGCGCGCCCGAGACCCGGCUAGUAGAGGCGACAGGUACAUGCUAGUUACAUUCGAUGAUCCACCAUACGGCGUAAAGGCGGGUUGGAAAGAGAAUCAUGCCACAUUCAUGAGCGAGCUGAAGAACCUGCAGGCAUCUGGACUGACUACAUUAGGUCACGCUCUCCGCGCCGGCUUCGACCUGCUCAAUCUCAACAGACUCGUCUCUGGCAUCGACAACUAUGGUCAGGGUCGGAACCCGUUCUUUCUGGAGCCAUCGGUCAUUAUUACGAUCACAGAUGGAAACAAAUUGACACACAGCUCUGGGGUGGCUGAGGAGCUACACCUUCCGCUGAACUCCCCUUUGCCGGGUAGUGAGCUGACAAAGGAGCCUUUCCGCUGGGACCAGCGACUCUUCGCCCUGGUCCUGCGGCUGCCAGGAAUGGCCGUGCCUGACAGCGAGCAGCUGGGCAGCGUGCCCACUGAUGAGUCUGCUAUCACCCAGAUGUGUGAGGUCACUGGAGGCCGCUCUUACUGUGUGAGGACGCAAAGGAUGCUGAACCAGUGUCUGGAGUCUCUCGUCCAAAAGGUUUUGAGUGGAGUUGUAAUACACUUUGAGAAGAGCGGUCCUGAUCCACCUGUGAUAGGCGAAGAUGGUCUUGUGGAUCCAGCUCGUCCUUUGUCAUCCUUCAGUCCGCAGCCCUGGCACAGCUGCCACAAGCUCAUUUACGUCCGGCCCAACCCCAAGACUGGCGUUCCUGUGGGUCACUGGCCAAUCCCAGAAUCCUUCUGGCCUGACCAGAACUCCCCCACUUUGCCUCCACGAUCUGCCCAUCCUCUGGUGCGGUUUUCCUGUAUCGACUGUGAGCCGAUGGUUAUCGACAAGCUGCCUUUUGACAAAUAUGAGCUGGAGCCGUCCCCGCUCACCCAGUUCAUCUUGGAGAGGAAAUCUCCUCACAUGUGCUGGCAGGUGUUUGUGAACUGCAGCGGCAAACACAGUGAUUCAGCUCACCCGUUCGGCUACCUGAAGGCCAGCACUACGCUCACCUGUGUCAACCUCUUCGUCAUGCCUUACAACUAUCCCGUCCUGUUGCCACUCCUCGAUGAUCUGUUUAAAGUGCACAAGCUGAAGCCAAACCUCAAGUGGAGGCAGGCCUUUGAAAUGUACCUGAAGUCCAUGCCUCCUUACUUUCUCUUGCCUCUCAAGAAGGCACUGAGGAUGAUGGGAGCCCCAAAUCUCAUCUCUGACAACAUGGACUGUGGCUUGAGCUACAGUGUCAUUUCCUACUUAAAAAAACUCAGCCAGCAGGCAAAGAUGGAGUCCGACCGUCUGAUUGUGUCUGUCGGGAAGAAGCCUCCUCAAGAGACGGGCAUCAAGGUUAAGAACCACUCGAGUGCCCUGUCUCUGGCACACCGCCGUGAUUUCAAGCAGCUCCUGCAGGGCAUCACGGGCGAGGUUCCCUUCCGACUCAUCGACAUGAACUUCAAAGAGUUUGCUGGUUUCCAGAUUGCACUUCUCAACAAGGAUCUGAAGCCCCAGGCCUAUAGGAACGCUUAUGAUAUUCCACGACGGAACCUUCUAGAUCAAGUGACUCGGAUGCGUUCCAAUCUAUUAAGAACAACACAGAAGCUCAUCAGAGGCCAGGAUGAUGACUACCUGCACAGUAUUCCAGUGGGACAGAUGGGAAAUUAUCAGGAGUAUCUGAAGAUGAUGCCAUCACCUCUGCGUGAGAUUGAUCCAGACCAACCUAAACGACUACACACAUUUGGCAACCCAUUCAAGCAGGACAAGAAGGGAAUGAUGAUCGAUGAAGCAGACGAGUUUGUGACAGGCCCACAAAAUAAGAAGCGGGGUAACACUGGGGAUCUUAACUCAGGCACUGCUCUGAAGAGGAGAAGGAGUAUGUCCCCUCUGUUGCGCCGACCCCAAACUCCUCCAAUAAUAACCAAUAAUGUCCUCAGCAAGGGCCCCACAGGGACUCCGGUCCAGCAAGGAAUCAUUAAACCCAUCCCACUACACAAAGGAUCUGAGGGAAACGGUGUAGGAGGCCCAGAAAGCAAUGGGGAGCGAGCGCCAUGCGAGGAGGCUGGAGACGGCUGGCCUGGUGGAGUGGAUGGAGAGGAAGGAGAACCUGCACCUGUGGAGGACACAGGAGAUGAGGGGACACCAGACGAGGAGGAGGAGAGAAUAGGACUGGAGAACUGUCUGGACGAGAGACCCUCUGAUCUCACACAAAACUGUGAGGACAUGAGUCCCCCGGGCCAGGAGGAGGAGCUGGAGGGCAAUGGAGGAGACACUUUGGCGCAGGGCACAGUUGUUAUGAUUCCCCUGGAGGGGAGUAACGCGGAGCUGCGCAGUCGAGUCCUCAAAGAGGUCCGCAAGCCUGGCCGCAAUUAUGAGACAAUAUUCAGGUUACUGGAGGAGGUGAAGGGGCCAGCGUCAGUGCAGAGGUACUUUAUUCAUCAUGCCAUCAAAGAGGCAGCCAGGUUUAAGAAGCGUGUGCUGAUCCAGCAGCUGGAGAGCGCUCUGGAGGAGAUUGAAGACCGACAGAUGCUGCCCACACAACUCAACAACGUCCACAGCAGAUAGUGGGACGUCACUUCUCACCGCUGAGAGACACACAAGACGACAGGGAAGCGGCACAUCAGCCUCAGUACUGUGCUUUAGGAGGAGACGUUAGCGAGGGAGAGAGUAAAUUAGAGAGGAUGGAGGCCUGUCUGGCUCACGCUCCAGUCCAGGUGCUUCCGGUUACUGAAUUGUGUGACAGUUCGAGUGCUCACAACGGAGAGAGGCGUUCCAGGUUUGAUGAAUAAUGAAUGAGCACACUUCAGAAAAGCCAAGCCUCAUCCACUAUCUGGUUUUACAGGGUCAUCUGAGGCAGAGGUCAGCGUCUGUCACGUGAAGUAUGUUUAUAAAUUAUGUCUGUCCACUGUUAUUUGGCAACAGUGGAAAGUUCAGAGCUGAUGAUAGUAUGGAAAAUCUAUGAUGGAUUUGUGUUUGCAUGAAAUGCCUACAAAUCAUGGGGUAAACAACACAGAUGGACCUUUAAAGCAUUCUGGAUUGGGAACUACACUAUUGUAGACUCAAUAGCAAUAACCCUCCAAUCAUCAGUACGCCAAACACGUUUUUACAGUUAAAGCAGAUUUUUCAGAAGAACAUUCUUAUGACUUUGGAGACUCUUUAUGAGAUCUGGUAGCUGGCCUGUUGUUGUAUUCAUGGUGAUAUGUAAUGUCACAUAGAUUUGCUUCAUUUAGUGUCCAAUAAGCAAUAGUGUCCACCCUGUCCAAAAAUAAAAACAUGCUUGGCUCAUCACACAAAUGGGAAAUGCCAACUCUGGUGUGAAAUGAACUGGUGCACAGCAGAGUUUUGUUUCUGUCCAGUAUGACAUCUUUCAUAAUCCUGCGAGACUGCUUAGUUUCAUCGCACAUUCGCAAGUUACAUUAGUGACCCCAUUCUUGUUCGUUUUGUUCAUUUUUAAAAACAGAUGUAUAGUACUUUUUAAUGUUCAUAAAUAAUAUAGAUUA